AAAAACAACCUCUGGUUUCCUACUUUUUGAAGACCACCCAACACCUUACAUUCUUCCACUAUUACCCCUUCUUUAAUCCAUUUUUUGUUUACUUUUCUCUAUAAAAACUGGUCUUCCACAUUUUACAGGCUUCACCGGCCACGCAGCCCAUCUGUUGUUUUCUAACUUUUCUUGCUUUUCUGGGGGAGGGUUUGAGAGAGAAGAGAAUAGCCGAGGAAGAAUGGAGGGGAAGGAGGAAGAUGUGAAGCUUGGGGCAAACAAAUUCUCAGAGAGGCAACCUAUCGGCACAGCAGCCCAGGGAGCGGACAAGGACUACAAGGAGCCUCCACCAGCGCCAUUCUUCGAACCAGGAGAGCUGAAGUCAUGGUCCUUCUGGAGAGCCGGCAUUGCAGAGUUCAUGGCCACUUUCCUUUUCUUGUACAUCACCAUUCUCACCGUCAUGGGUGUGAACGGUUCCAAGGGAGUUUGUUCUUCAGUGGGUAUCCAAGGGAUUGCCUGGGCUUUUGGUGGUAUGAUCUUUGCCUUGGUCUACUGCACUGCAGGGGUAUCAGGCGGCCACAUCAACCCCGCAGUGACUUUCGGGUUGCUGCUCGCCAGGAAGCUGUCCCUCACAAGGGCCCUCUUCUACAUGUUCAUGCAGUGCGCUGGCGCUAUUUGUGGUGCUGGUGUCGUAAGGGGAUUUGAGCACCGCCAGUACAAGCUGUUAGGUGGGGGUGUUAACUUUGUCAAACCAGGUUACACUAAAGGCGACGGUCUUGGCGCAGAGAUCAUUGGCACAUUUGUGCUUGUCUACACCGUCUUCUCUGCUACUGAUGCCAAGAGAAAAGCCAGAGAUUCUCAUGUUCCUAUUCUGGCUCCCCUGCCUAUUGGGUUUGCAGUCUUCCUUGUUCAUCUUGCUACCAUCCCCAUCACUGGAACUGGCAUUAACCCCGCUAGAAGCCUUGGAGCCGCCAUCAUCUAUAACAGCGAGCACGCUUGGCAUGACCAUUGGAUCUUCUGGGUGGGACCCUUCGUCGGAGCUGCCCUUGCCGCGGUGUACCACCAGAUGAUCAUUAGAGCAAUCCCAUUCAAAGCCAGUAGGCCUUAGGUAGAAAUGAAUGAUUUUCAUUAAUGAUUUCAUCCCCACCAACCUACCGACGAUGAUGAUCAUCACCACCAUUGAUGGUCCUUUCUUUUUUCGGUUUCCUGGGGUGUGAGUGUACGUGUGUGUGUUUCCUCAUGUGUGUGUAUUCAUAUCAGAGAGAUACAUAUCAGAGAGAUACUGUUAGUGUGUGCUCAUUUAUUUUUUUCUAUUGUACUUUUGCUGUAUCGAACCAUUUCGGUGUGUUAUGGAAGGACCCAAGCCAGCUGAAAGCCUGAAAGGUCCCUUGGCCAACGAGGUGAUCAAGCCCAUGGAUGAAAUUUUUCAUAUCAUGAGGAUCAGUGGAGCAGCAUAUAGCCAGAGUCCUCCUGGGUUGCCCAAAAAAAAAAAAAAUUAAGUAUAUGCAAUAUGUUGUUUGUUUUACUCGCCAUUUGUUGUUAAGGGGAAAUAAAAAUUUUAAAAUUUUAAGUGGCA